AGGGGGAUAACGGGGACAUGUGUCAGUCCCGGGGGUAUGCGAGGACACGCGGCUCCGGGGGGGAUGCUCCGUGCCCAGGGGGGUGUCGCCGCCGCCCCGGCCCCGCAGAACCACCCCACGGGGCGCGGCCGGACACGCGUGGCCGGUACGACCGGCGCUGGGGAGCCAGCGGCCAACCAGACAAUUAAAGGGGCCGGGAACGCCGCGCUCCGCUUCGCCGCCUUUGUCCCUCCUCCCGCCCGGCCCCGGUGGCGGCGGCGGCAGCGGCUCGGGUGGCACCGGCGGCACCGGCCCAGAGCCCGGAGCCUCGGCGGCCCCAUGCACCGGCCCCCGCCGCCGAGCCCCGCACCAUGCCCGAGCCGCCGGUGGCAGCGCAGGACGGAGACGAGCGGCCCCGGCGGGCCCCGGCCGGGGAGGAGCGAACGGAACCGGCGGCCCCGACCGGCGUCCUGGGUAAGCUCUUCGGGAAGCGGCUGCUCCAGGCCGGGCGCUACAUCAUGUCCCACAAGGCCUGGAUGAAGACGGUGCCCACGGAGAACUGCGACGUGCUCAUGACCUUCCCGGACACCACCGAUGACCACACGCUGCUCUGGCUCCUCAACCACAUCCGCCUCGGCAUCCCCGAGCUCAUCGUGCAGGUCCGGCACCACAAGCACACCCGGGUGUACGCCUUCUUCGUCACCGCCACCUAUGAGAGUUUGCUGCGUGGGGCCGAUGAGAUCGGGCUGCGGAAGCCGGUGAAAGCAGAGUUCGGAGGCGGAAUGCGGAGCUUCUCCUGCGAGGAGGAUUACAUCUAUGAGAACAUCGAGAAUGAGCUUUACUUCUUCACCUCUCAGGAACGGCAAAACAUCAUCAGGUACUGGCUGGAGAACCUGCGCGCCAAGCAGGGCGAGUCGCUGCACAACAUCCACUUCCUCGAGGGGCAGCCCAUCAUCCCGGAGCUGGCGGCCCGCGGCGUCAUCCAGCAGGUCUUCCCAUUGCACGAGCAGAGGAUCCUCAAGCGGCUCAUGAAGUCCUGGGUGCAGGCGGUGUGCGAGGCCCAGCCGCUCGAUGAGAUCUGCGACUACUUUGGGGUGAAAAUCGCCAUGUACUUUGCUUGGUUGGGAUUCUACACCUCGGCCAUGGUGUACCCUGCGGUGUUUGGGUCCAUCCUCUACACCUUCACUGAGAACGACCAGUGGGUGCUGUGGCUCCUGCAGACCAGCCAGGACAUCUGCUGCGUGGUCUUUGCCAUCUUCAACGUCAUCUGGGCCACGCUCUUCCUCGAGGAGUGGAAGCGCCGCGGGGCCGAGUUCGCCUACAAAUGGGGGACGUUGGACACCCCGGCCGAGUCCAUCGAGGAGCCGCGGCCACAGUUCAGGGGCAUUAAGAGGAUCAGCCCCGUGACCAGUGCGGAGGAGUUUUACUACCCACCAUGGAAGCGCCUCCUAUUCCAGAGCCUGGUCAGCCUCCCUGUCUGCCUCACCUGCCUCUCCCUCGUCUUCCUCCUCAUGCUGGGCUGCUUCCAGCUCCAGGAGUUCGUGCUGAGCAUCCAAGAGCUGCCCCGCAUCAUCCGGUUCCUCCCCAAGGUCCUCCUGGCCAUCAUCGUCACCGCCUGCGAUGAACUCUACAAGAAGAUCGCCUACUGGCUGAAUGACAUGGAGAACUAUCGCCUGCAGAGUGCCUACGAGAAGCAUCUCAUCAUCAAAAUCGUCCUGUUUCAGUUUGUAAAUUCAUACCUGAGUCUUUUCUACAUCGGUUUCUACCUCAAAGACAUGGAGCGGCUCAAGGAGCUCCUGCUCAUCUUCUCUCUGUCCCAAAGCCUCGCGCGUCAGCUCAAAGAGGCUCUCCUCCCCUUCAUCCUCCUCCACCUCCAUCUCUCUCUCAUCUUCUUUAAGGGCCUCCUGGGCUUUUGCUGGAGACUGGGAAUAUCCAAAAUGCUGGCCACGCUGCUCCUCACCCGGCAGUUCCUGCAGAACGUCAGGGAGGUCUCACAGCCCCACCUGUACCGGCGCUUGCGACGGGGGGACCUCAACCUCCGCAGCCUCCGCCAGCUCGCCCAGGCCCUGCUCUGCCUGCUCGUCCCCCGCCGCCACCCCCCGGCCUCUUCCGAAGGGCCCCGCGGCGAGAAGAAGUGUCUGAACGGCGGCUGCGGGGUGCCGGAGGAGGAGGAGGACGAGGAGGAGCGCCGGGAGUCGGACUCGGAGGAGGAGAGCGCCCUGGACUGCGGGCUCAAGCUCAAGAAGGUGAGCUUCAUCGAGAAGGCGGAGCGGCGCGGCCCCGAGCCCGGCGGCGCCGAGGAUGAGAGCUUCCUGGAGGAGGGCAGCCCCACCAUGGUGGAGAAGGGCAUGGACCCCGCGUCCGUGUUCGAGCUGUGCGAGGACGAGGAUGAGGCCGAAGGUGCCCCCGGCAGCCCGGUCAAGGCAAUGGAGCCCGCAGUGGUCCCGCGGGCCGGGCGCAGAAGGAGGGCGGCGGAGAGCCAGGAGGAAGAGGAGGGUGAGGAGGAAGGAACGAAGCGCAACCGUGCCUCGUGGAUCGACCCGCCAGAGGAGGACUACUCCACGCAGCUGACACAGGCAGAGGUGGAAAGCUGCAUGAAGAAGUAUGAGGACACGUUUCAGGACUACCAGGAGAUGUUCAUCCAGUUCGGGUACGUGGUGCUCUUCUCCUCCGCCUUCCCCCUGGCUGCUAUGUGCGCUCUGGUGAACAACAUCAUCGAGAUCCGGAGCGAUGCCUUCAAGCUGUGCACAGGGCUCCAGCGCCCCUUUGGCCAGCGCGUUGAGAGCAUUGGGCAGUGGCAGAAGGUGAUGGAGGCCAUGGGCGUCUUGGCCAUUGUGGUCAACUGCUACCUGAUUGCCCAGUGUGGGCAGCUCCAGCGCCUCUUCCCCUGGCUCAGCCCCGAGGGAGCCAUCAUCUCCGUGGUGGUGCUGGAGCACUUCGCCCUGUUCCUGAAGUACAUCAUCCAAGUGGCCAUCCCCGAUAUUCCUGCCUGGGUGGCUGAGGAGAUGGCCAAGCUGGAAUACCAGCGCCGUGAGGCCUUCAAGAAGCACGAGCGCCAGGCACAGCACCACUUCCAGCAGCAGCAGCGGCGCAAGCGGGAGGAGGAGGAGCGGCAGCGACACGCUGAGUACCAGGCUCGCAAGGAGCGGGAAUCCAGCCGGGAUGAGGCCAAGCCUGAGGCCACCGGGCAGGACCCGGCCCAUGAGAAGAGCCAGAGCAAAGGGAAAGGCUCUGGGGGCAGCUCGCACGGCGGCUCCGACAAGCCCAAGAGACCCAGCUCCCUCCUGGCCACCAACAACGUGAUGAAGCUGAAGCAGAUCAUCCCUCUGCAGGGCAAGUUCCUCUCCGGGGGGACUGGGGCUGGCAGCACGGCCCCCACCAGGUCCCCCCAGUCCCCUACGGGCAGCGAGAACAAACUCCCUGGCUUCCUCAGCUUCAAGUUCCUCAAGUCCCCCGAGACUAAGCGGGACGCGGGCACCGAGAAGGUGCAGUCGCCCACCAAGCCAUUCAAUCCCGGCAAGCUCUUCAACUUCGGCAAGUCCGAAGGGGCCGGGGGCAAUGGAGCCGUGGCCACUGCGCCCCCCCAGCCCCGGCCCGGCCCCUCGAUGGACACGGGUGAGCGGCCAGUGCCCAGCAAGUCCCAUCUCAAUGGGGUGCCGGAGGAAGGGAGCCGUGAGGAGCCGGAGAGCCGGCCGGAGGAGGAGAGCGGGGGCUAUAAACUCUAACCGGAGCUGUGGGGGAGCAGGGAUCAGUGGGAAUGAGCGCUCCCUUCUCCACGCAGCCGUUGCUGUCGCCACCCUCUCACCUCCCGUCGCUGUUCCCUGACGCCAGGAGCUGUCCCCUCGCUCUGCACUGUUCCCCUGUGCUGCAUCCCCUCGUGUCCCUCCAGCCCCUCCACUGGGACC